CGUGCCUAUCACGAAAAAGUCAUUUCACACUACGAAAAGCCUAGAAAUGUUGGCUCUUUGCCCAAAGGUGACUUGGAUGUUGGAACAGGUCUCGUCGGUGCCCCUGCCUGCGGCGAUGUGAUGAAGUUACAAAUCCGUGUUGACGACAAUGGUAUCAUUUCUGAUGUUAAAUUCAAGACGUUCGGAUGCGGAAGUGCCAUAGCAUCCAGUUCUUAUAUGACUGAACGGGUGAAAGGGUUGUCGCUGGACGAGGCGGGCAAAAUUAAAAACACAGAGAUUGCAAAAGAGCUCUGCUUGCCCCCAGUCAAGCUUCACUGCUCCAUGUUGGCUGAAGAUGCUAUCCGCUCUGCCAUUCGGGAUUAUCGGACCAAGCGCUCG